GUCAUGAGUUUAAUCUCUAAUUUAUGCAUAUAAAGAAAAUUCAAUAAAAAGUUUAUACCUAAAGUAUAGUAACACAAAAAAAAUAAAAUUAAAACUAAUAAUUCAGUAGUAAUAACAUUUCUCAAUUUUGAGGCCAAAAUUUUGAAAUUUGAUGUCAUUGCACACGAUUAGUAAUUAGCCUUGAAAUCAAAGUCUAUAAAAUUGUAACACUCAUGAUUCCAUCUCCAUAACCACUCUUUUUCCUUUUCACUCUUCCAAAUAACUCAUCAAUAUGGCAACAACAGAAGCUUCAAACACUGAUCAAACUAUUACUAUUCCAACUCAUACAAAAGCUUGGUUCUAUUCUGAACAUGGAAAACCAUCAGAUGUUCUCAAGUUACAUCCUAAUUGGUCCAUACCACCACAACUGAAAGAUGAUCAAGUUCUCAUUAAGGUUAUUGCUGCUUCCCUUAAUCCUGUUGAUUACAAGAGGAUGCACGGCAUGUUCAAGGACAAUGAUCCUCAUCUACCUAUUGUACCAGGCUAUGAUGUUGCUGGCAUAGUAAUCAAAGUGGGAAGUAAAGUGGAGAAAUUUAAUGUUGGAGAUGAAAUAUAUGGUGACAUCAAUGAAGUAGGACUUUCAAACCUAAAGAUUCUUGGAACUUUGUCAGAGUAUACUAUUGCUGAGGAGAGGUUAUUGGCUCAUAAGCCAAAGAAUUUAAGCUUUAUUGAAGCUGCUAGUAUUCCUUUAGCUAUGGAAACAGCUUAUGAAGGACUUGAAAGAGUUGAGCUUUCUGCUGGGAAGUCUAUUCUUGUUUUGGGAGGUGCUGGUGGAGUUGGUAGCUAUGUUAUUCAGCUUGCCAAGCAUGUUUUUGGUGCAUCUAAGAUAGCAGCAACAGCCAGCACUGGAAAAAUUGAAUUUUUGAGGAAGUUGGGAGUUGACUUGCCUAUAGAUUAUACCAAGGAGAACUUUGAAGAUCUCCCAGAAAAGUUUGAUGCAGUGUAUGAUCUAGUAGGGGAAGCUGAUAGGGCUGUGAAGGUAAUUAAAGAAGGUGGCAAAGUUGUGUCAAUAGUACCUCCUGGAUUUCCACCAGCUAUAUUUUUUGUGCUCACUUCUAAGGGCUCUAUUUUAGAGAAGUUAGGACCCUACUUUGAAAGUGGUCAAUUGAAGCCAAUUCUUGAUCCCAAAAGUCCACUACCAUUUUCUGAGGUCAUUGAAGCAUUUUCCUACUUAGAAACCUCAAGAGCCCUUGGAAAAGUUGUAAUUCAUCCAAUUCCAUGAAAUCCAUGGCCUAUUCUACAUCUACCAAAAAAUUUCAGCAGUAAUUGCUCUAAGAUUUACCUUUCAACGCUCUCUUUUUGGUAAACUUUAUGUAUAUUUUAUUAUGUUAUGUAGAAUCCGUUUCUAAAUAGUGGGACCUAAAUGAAUUUCAUCUAAUAAAAAAGUGGGUUAA